AUGCCAAACCAUCCUUCUGCUUUCACACUCUCCGAGGAAAUCCCCCUAGCUGCACUCCUAUCAUACUUAUUUUAUAAUGGCUGGCUGGAGGCCACCUGCCUUCAGAACAACUGAGGAAUUCUCGGAAUGGGCCUACAAGUACGUGAGAAGACUCGCAAAGGUCGUCACUUCCCUCAGCAUCGCUGCCACGGUCAUCCGUUUCGUCCAGUUAGCUCUCAUGGCUGCCCUCUCACUUGCAUACGCUACUGGGAGCCCCGGCGUAUAUCACGACGUCCUUGUUUGGGAUAAGAACGCUUCUGCCCCUUUCGAGGUUACCGUCUAUCGUAACCUUACCUCCUGGACAGUGGUGCACGAUCGGAAUCUCUCACAGUCUGGGAAUACUAUCAUCAGCUCGUUCGUUUGGACAAGGGAUUCAGAACCCGGUUGUGUGAAGUACUCAUGCAAUGACACGAGAUAUAAUUGUUCGGGGGAUAGAUGGCAAUCUAGCAGGAUUGGGUACGGGGAUUCCCCGGGGUUUGGGGGAAAGGAUGAGUAUCCUAACCACAUAUAUGUUAUUGAUCGUGCUGUUUUUGGGUUGAUUGUUGUUGUUGUGAGUUUGUUGGAUUAUCGGCUCAAUUGAUAUUUGUUGACAAGUGAUUGGUGACAGGUCAGCCUUUCGGCCGGACAAACUCUUUGGGUCAUUGCACACCAACUGGAGCCUAGUGGGGUUUCUAUCUACAGGUGAGUUCGAGCGCCUCCGGUUUUACAACGGCUUUUGAAGCUCGAAACCCUGAUACCCUUGGCUUCCUUAGAUUUAUUGCUAGUAUAGACUUCAUAUUCUCCUUGGGAUAUAUCGCUAUCGGGGUUGUGCCGCUGUUUUGGUCUCAAGAACUGGAAUUGCUGUCUAGUCAAGUGAAAUUGAAAGUCUUGCGGGCCCCACGGCGCCCCCCACAUGGAGGUGGUGUCAAGGUAGUUGUUGGUUUGGGCUGGCUUAUUGGGCAAGUAAUUAUGGAAACCGUGGUUCUCCACCACUAUUUAACUAACGAAACAAUCUAUAUGGUUUGUAUCAGGGUACUAUACAUUACGCAAUUCAUCAUCGACAUCUUUCUCAUUACGAAGUUGGGGAAGUUAGCUCCGGUUGCGAAAUUGCCCGGCGGGAGGCUUCACCAACCCCGUCAGCAGGGUGGAGAAUUUGGGCCUCAAGCCACUGCGGUCACCAGACUUUCGAGCAGCGAAUGGACUGGGAGUGCGCAGUCAGCUUCCACAACUGUUCGGAGGGUUCCGGGAGGUCUUGGUAAUCCUGAAUUGGUGUAG